CACCGGCGUACUGCACGGCCAGGGCAACGGGUCUUUGCACAAUGGACAGUAUGCUGCACACUCUGUCCAUCUGUCAAUCUGAGUUUAUCAGCAUUGGCGUUCAGGAUCCAAGGCUUCAAAAGGAUGACCUCUGGCACACGCACGUUGACUACGAGAUCUGUUUAGAAACGAAUAGCAUGUGCUUCCGAAAAAAGUCGUCCUGUGUAAGGCGGCGUUACAGUGAGUUUGUUUGGCUGCGACAUAGUCUGGAACAGAAUGCUCUGAUCAUGGAGUUACCCAAGUUGCCGCCCUGGAAUCCCUUCUUCAGCCUGAAAAACGCUGAGCAGGUCGCUCAGAGGAUAAAGGGCUUUCAGGAGUUUUUAGAAAGUGUUCUUCAGAGGCCUUUUUUGUUAUCGGACAGUCGACUCCACCUGUUCCUCCAGUCAGACCUCAGCGUCUCAAGGAUGUCGAGGUGUGCGCGCGGUCAGACCAGGUACACCGUGGCUGAAGCCAUCCAGCGUUCCAGCAGCGGUGACAUCAGCGGAUUGGAGGACAAGGCCACCUGUGACUCUGACACUGAAAGCUCUUGUUCGUCGGGCUUGGGUCUAAGCGGGGAAGCCCUGUCCUCUUCUUGGGGUCCUGACAGACCCAGAGCUGUGCAGCCGUCUUCAGAACUCCUUCCCACACUCAUUGCGCCCUGACACACGGCAGUUGUGCUUAAUCAACUGGUUGAUGAUGCUACAUGGCGCUAUUGCUUUUCUUGGUUGACGUCCAAAGAUUUAAAAGAACGUUUUUUUUUUUGUUAACUUCAUUCUUCCCUUUUGUGUUUCUUUUUCCUUUUUUAUAAUUUGCUUUAGUUUUCUUAAAGCAAUAUCAUGAUAAUUUAAAUGAAUGUGCUGAAAAAAAGAUGUUUUAAGAAAAUGUAUAGUAAACAUUUACAAUAUAAAAUGAUGAUUUCUUAAAUAUUUACGAUGUAUAUAUUUUUAUUUGCACUGAGGCUGUACUGAGGUUGGCAAGGGAUUGAA